UCUCCCACAACACGUGACAGGGGAGACGGCUCCACUGCGGCUGCUGAUGUGACAAGGCAAACUCGCUGCUAGCCACUUAGCAUUCACAGCUGUUUCUACACUCUAUUCUUCAAAUUAAAAAAAAAAGAGGAACACCAAAAUGGACAAUUCUGGGAAAGAGAAGGAAGCGACGGCUUUGAUGGCCGAGGCCAACAAGAAAGUGCAGUCGUCACAGUCGUUUUUCGGGGCGCUGUUUGGUGGUUCGUCAAAGAUGGAGGAGGCCUGUGACAUGUAUGUAAGGGCUGCCAAUAUGUACAAGAUGGCCAAAAACUGGUGUGCUGCUGGAAACGCCUUCUCCCAAGCUGCUUGCCUUCACCUACAGAUGCAGAGCAAACAUGAUGCAGCAACCAAUUUCAUAGAUGCUGGAAAUGCCUUCAAAAAAGCCGACCCACAAGAGGCCAUAAACUGUCUAAACCGAGCUAUCGAGAUAUACACUGAUAUGGGCCGGUUCACCAUUGCCGCCAAGCAUCACAUCACCAUUGCUGAGAUAUUUGAGACUGAGCUGGUGGACAUUGAUAAGGCCAUUGCUCAUUAUGAACAAGCUGCAGAUUAUUACAAAGGUGAAGAAUCCACCAGUUCAGCAAACAAGUGCCUUCUGAAAGUUGCAACAUAUGCAGCCCAGCUGGAGCAGUACCCAAAAGCUAUCGAGAUCUAUGAGCAGGUUGGAACCCAUGCCAUGGACAGCACACUCCUGAAAUACAGUGCCAAGGACCACUUCUUCAAGGCAGCACUCUGUCACUUCUGCGUGGACAUGCUGAACGCAAAACUCGCUGUGCAGAAGUACGAGGAAAUGUUCCCAGCCUUUUCAGAUUCUCGAGAAUGCAAACUGAUGAAGAAACUUCUAGAUGCUUACGAAGAACGGAAUGUGGAUGCCUAUACCGAUUCGGUGAAGGAAUACGACACUAUCUCACGGUUGGAUCAGUGGCUCACCACCAUGCUCCUCCGCAUCAAGAAAACCAUACAGGACGACGAGAGUGACCUGCGCUGACUUCCCCGCCCGCUCAUCCUCAGACCCUCAAAACCCUAUUUACACCUCUCUCUUUCUGCCUUGAUCCUCUCACUUGCAUUCUUGCAGGAAACAAUCUUGCUUUUCUGACCAUGAUGACCCUUAAUAUUCCUUUACAAAUACUGUGUGUGUGUCAUUCCUACCAUGUGCAGUAUUCUUUCGCCCCUUCGUAGCGAGUUCAACUUUUUUUUUGGACAACUUGUGGCUCAAAAUUAUGGUCUUGUAGACAUAUAAACACUAUUUUUUUUUCAUCAGUACAUAUUGCACACAAUAUAUUAAGUGUAUAUUGUUAUGAUGAGGGUAUUCGCUUGAUACAAGUAACUCAAAACUGAGCCACAAUACCAAAUACUCUACCAGCACACACAACUCUAGUAAAGAUUUAUUUUUCACAAUACAGAAAUGGAUAAGAGGAUGCCAACUCACUUAACACAUAUACAAAAUAUAUUUUCGGAAAGUGUUUUAGAAUGAACUUAAUGACCAAAAUGCCAAUACCAACAAAAGCACUCACAUUGGGUCUUAGUACUUUUGAGUACUCGAGAUAUUCUGUAGGGAUCUGUCACUUUGUCAUAUCAGGGCACUGCUGAUUUAAAAACAACAACUAAAAAAAAAAAAACAACAACAACAGUGGGCUUCCAGAAAGUCACCAGCCCUCCAUGUUUGGCUGCAGAGCUCCUCUCCAACCAGAGAAGCAAAGAAAUUCAUGGCAAAAACUCCCCCUCUCUGCCUUAUCCUAUGAAAUUCUCAGGACCUGUCAACAGCUAGAUUUGAUGAAAAACAAAACAUGCUCUCUGAAGCAUUAUCUAUCAGUGCUCUCUUCUCUCAUUGUUAGUUUUUCACUUUCAUAUAAAAUGCUUUUAAUACCAACAACUAGAGGGCAAAAGAAAGCCUACAUUUGAGCGUUUGCUUGGUUUGGUAUGGAUGGACUGGGGAGUGGUGGUAGUGCAGUCGUUUCUCAUUGUGUUUCUGUUUGAAGUCUUGUGUGUUUUUGUGACCGUCUUUUUUUUUUUUUUUUUUUUUUUUUUAAAUCUGUCACAACUAAUUUUUCUGAGGAAACUGUACUUUUUUUUUUGGCCUGCACAAGAUGCAAUACAUUUGAGGAGGGGGUGGAAAAAAACUCAACAAAAGAAGCUUUACUGAUCUGAACACUGUGUUCAUGUACAGGCAGGUAUGUCUCAUUUACCCUCCCGUUGUUUGUCAAUUUGCUUAUAAAGGAAUGGUCUUAAAAUAUUUGACUAUGUAAAUCAUUGUUUCCUGUAAAACAAUUUGAAUAAACUUACGUUUUAAACCUGC